GUCUGGCCUCGUGUAAAUAUAAACGAUGUAAUGAUCACUGCCUGGCCUCGUGUAGUAUAAGUGACAUGACAGAAAGUAUAAGGUCAGGUAACAGUGUCUGGCCUCGUGUGAUAUAAGUGACGUAACCAACCCUAUAAGUGACAUAACAAACAGUGGCUGGUCUCGUGUUGUCUGUUAGCAAUGUUCCGCGUCACCCUGUAUUACAUGGACGUACUGCAGGUGGCCGCGGCGCCCCUGCCAGGGAAGCCGUGCCCGGACAGGGACUACACAGAACCUCCGCUGAACCGAUUCUCGCGGAGGAAAUCAGUCUUUGCCGAGGCCUAUGACCCUGAAGAGGAUGACGACGAGGGAGAGAGGAUCAUCCACGCCAAAUCCGACGACCAGCGGCAAAGGCUGUCCGAGAGCGUCAAGACCAUCUUCCUCUUCCGAUCUCUGGACCAGGACCAAAUAUCCGAGGUGCUGGAUGCAAUGUUCGAGCGGGUCGUGACUGAAGGAGAAUUCGUGAUCAAACAAGGCGACGAUGGGGACAACUUCUACGUGAUUGAGUCCGGCGUGUACAACAUCUUCGUGAAGACGGACAGCGAGGCCGAGCCGGCGCUGGUGGGCAAGUAUGACAACUCAGGGAGCUUCGGCGAACUGGCGCUCAUGUACAACCUGCCGCGCGCCGCCACCAUCCAGGCCGUGACCUCCGGCGCGCUCUGGGCCAUGAACCGAACCACCUUCCGCCGGAUACUGCUGAAGAGCGCCUGCAGGAAGCGGCGGAUGUACGAGUGCCUGCUGGAGAGUGUGCCCAUGCUGAAGACGCUAGAGAAAUACGAGCGGAUGAACCUUGCCGACGCGCUGGUGUCCAAGACGUACGAGGCGGGUGAGUUGAUCAUCCGGCAGGGCGACGGGGGAGACGGCAUGUACUUCAUCGAGGAGGGGACCGUUCGAUGCAUCAUGACCAAGGACGACAACCAGGAGAAGGAGAUCAGCCGGGUCACCGUGGGCGGCUACUUCGGCGAGCUGGCGCUGGUCACCAAGAAGGCCCGCGCCGCCUCCGUCUACGCCGUCGGGAGGACAAAGGUCGCCUUCCUGGACGUGGAGGCGUUCGAGCGGCUGCUGGGUCCGUGCAUGGACCUGAUGAAGCGCAACAUUGAGGACUACGAGAACGAGCUCCUCAGAAUCUUCGGCUCCAAGGCCAACAUCUCCGACAUCCGAUGAGGCGGAACUCUCCUCGCCCCGGCUGUGUCUGUGUCUGGCCCGCCCCCCCUCGGCGCUGGGCGGCGGCGGCGGCGGCGCUAAGGGUCAUGGAGGCCGAGGGGGACGUCUGGCCUAGGCUCGGCAGCUCGGGGUGUUCACGUGUUUAGUCAUACGUUUGGGGCUCGCUGGUGUUGGGUCCGUCUAGGGGGGCUGGGUGGUGGGUGGGUGUGAGGGAGGGUCUAUUUGUGGGCGUGGGCCAGGCCGAUAUCUUCCUCUUGCUAGGCGUGUGUGACUUACUUAUUCGCCUCCUCUUCCUAAUCCUCCUCCUCUUCCUGGUCUUAUAAUUUCUCUGUCUUUUUUUUCCUCUUUUCCAUAUGCCUAUACAUGUAACAUCUUCCUCCUCCCUUUCCUCCUCUUCCUAAUCUUUUUCUCUCAUUUCUCUCUCCAUAUGCCUAUGCAACCUCUUCCUCCCCCUCUUCCUCCUCCUCCUCCUCCUCUUCCGUUUCUUAAUUCUCCUCAUCAUCACAUAUCCAUAUAACCUCCUUCUCCUCCUCUUCCCCUUAGUCUUAAUCCUCUUUAUUUUAUCUCUCUCGUCCUCCUCCUCCUCCUUCUCCUCCUCCUCCUCCUCCUCCUGCAGUAGAACACACGUGACUGGUGCAUAUCAAGGGACAGCCCUCCGCCCGGCCGCCCUUCGCUGGCCCAGGAUCAGCGAGCUCUGCCCUUCCGUUGCUCUGGGCAUGUGCGUUACUGUAAAGGGCGCGGCUGACUGUGUGGGUGGGUGAGGGGGUGAAGGGGUGCGCCAAUAUGUACGCACACGGCGGUCCAUUUUGUACGCAAGGGGAUUGGUUUGUAGAUUUUUUUUUUUGUUGUUUUGAAAAGUCGUUGGAGUUUUUGUUUUGCUUCUUCCUUUUCCUCCUCUUUUUUCUUCUUUCUUCCUCGAUCUCUCUUCUUUUUCCUCUAUUUCCUCUUCUUCCUCUUUUUAUUCCUCUUUUCUUCUCUUUCUUUUAAACUUACCACCACUCUUUCUCCUCCUCCUCCUCCUCCUCCUCGACACAUAAACUUAAAUUUCAAGACAUGUUAACCCGCCCCCCCACCCCUGAUAUGCGUACAAACUGGACCCCCGUCUGCGUACAAACUGACCACCACCACCACUACCACCACCACCACUACCAGCACUGCACCCCUAACCGCAUGCCGAGAGCUGAGUUUCUGAUCAUUAUCGUUUCAUUACUCUUCUGUUUCCCUGAUUGCUGUAUUAUAUGGGCGAGUGAUUAGCUAUUGUUUACGUGUCCCAGACUGCCGGCCGAUUCUUGACCGCCGGGGUGCCAAGACCUCAAUGAGUCCAGAGUCACUGAAUGGGAGAGUCUGGCCAUCCUUAUCACUGGGGCCAUGUUGCUACUGAAGGGGCCGCGCGAAAUUUAACUAGAUGAUAUGUUAGUGUUUAUAUAUGUGUGUGUAAGUGUGUUCUAGGUAUCGGCAGAAGCCCUAAGAUGUACCUGGAACACACGCGCUAAUAAAACAAUAUUGUAUCUCCAUCAAGUUGCAUUUCGCUCAGCUCUUUUGGUAACAGCAUGACCCCUGUGGUGAAGGUGGCCAAGCUCUCCUAUUCUGCGGCUCUGGGUUUGCCCGGCGAAGGUUCAGGGGCGAGCUAAGCCGAUCUGUGGCCUGGCCUUGGGUGGGGUUGGCCAGGCUGCGUUCAGGCGGCGGUGGCGCUGUCGAGGCUUGUGUCGAGGAAAGACUGGCUACGGGGAAGGUGGUGGAAGAGGAGGAGGAGGAGGAGGAAAGAAGAGAUGAACUAGGAGAAAAGAAAAAACAGAAGGGAGUGAAAUUAACAAGUCAUAGAACAAGAAGAAGAAAGAAAAACAAGAACAACAAUUAUUAAAAAAAAGACGAAGAACAAGAAGAACAAAAAAAUAAGAAGAAAAAGAACAAGAAGAAGAACAAAUCUUAAAAUAAGAAGAAGAAAAUGAAAAACAAGACGAGGAAGAAGAGGAACAACAACAACAAUAACAACAACAAGAGCCUUCCCUUCCUAACCACCAAACCAGUCAACCAGUCAACCAGUCAACCAAUCAGCCACUCCACUACCGCCUCGGACGCAGCCUGCCGCCCGCCGACCCUCUCUCCCUGAGCCUGACCUGACCUGACCUCACCUCACCUAGCGGGCCAGGCCUUCCCCUCAACGCUGUGGGAAUAAUAGUAAUUUUUUAAUGUCCAAUGAUUGUUGUCGACUUCAUGUAGCAGCAGCUCAUGUUAUAUUACCUUGUUUAGGGUCUAUUUUAUUAUUAUUACUACGAUGGGGUCAGCUCGGCGCUCUCCUGCGAACCGGUCCACACAAACUAUAUGUAAAUACACACGUAAAGACGCCAAAAUAUGAGAUUCGGAGAUGUGAACGGAAAUUAUUGAGAGCUUUCCGUAUCGCUCGAGAACCAAAAGAGCGACUGAUUAAAGGGAAAAAAAGCCAUGAAGAAUAUAAGACCAUUAGCAAAUAAAAACGCCAAAAUAUGAGAUUCGGGGAUGUAAAGGGAAAUAAUUGAUAGCUUUCCGUAUCAGCCGAGAACCAAAAGAGCGAUUGAUUAAAGGAAAAAAAAGCCACGAAGAAUAUAAGACCAUUAGCAAAUAUAAGAGAGUUAGAACUAUAUAGAAGGAAUGAGAUAGCGUUGGCAGACUCUAGACAAUUUAUCAGCCAUAGAAAAGGUAGUGAAAGAACGACGCUUAAUUAGGAGCGCAAUCAAAUACAUAUAUAGACACCUUAGCCAUUGAAACAUUAGAAGAUUAGACCGAUUACACAGGGAUAUGAAAGUAAGAAAAAGAAGGAAUUAGUUAAGAAUACUAUAAAGCUUAGCAAAAAGGGGAAAGCUUGUAAUAGAAGUCAGCUUAACAUAGACGUCUUGUUGUUACGAAGAAAUGAACCAAACUUAUUUUUUUCUUCGUUUAUUAAAGAUAUGAAAGUAAGAAAGAGAAAGAAUGAGUUAACAAUUAAGGGAAAGCUUUUAAUAGAAGUAACCUUAACAUAGACGUCUUGUUGUUAUGAAGAAAUGAACCAAACUGUUAUUUUUUUCUUCGUUUAUUUUGUCUCACGUUAUAAAGGAUUGGAAUAUAUAUAAUCAAGUAAUCGUACCGGUGCCUGGAGACCGCCGAGCUUAUCCUAUAUGUACCUUUUGUAAUCAUAAUAAUUUCUUGUAUAGCCUAUUCAAAUGUGGUGGUAUACAGGGCUCCUCUCAACCCCCCGGUGAAUAAUAAUAAUAAUAAUAAUAAUAAUAAUAAUAAUAAUAAUAAUAAUAAUAACAAUAAUAACAAUAAUAACAGUGAUAAUUACACCGCAAGAAACAGUAAUAAUCUUGAUAAACGCAAAAAAAUAAUAAUAAAUACAACAAGGAUGGGUUUGAGAAGAGAGAGAGAGAGAGAGAGAGAGAGAGAGAGAGAGAGAGAGAGAGAGAGAGAGAGAGAGAGAGAGAGAAUAAUGAAAGAAAAAAGAUAGAAAGAGAAAGAAAUAAUGAGAGAAAGAAUGAAAGAGAGAAAAAUAAUGAGAGAAAGAGAUUAAAGAAAGAGAAAUACAGAAAAAAAGAAUUAGAGAGAGAGAGAGAGAGAGAGAGAGAGAGAGAGAGAGAGAGAGAGAGAGAGAGAGAGAGAGAGAGAGAGAGAGAGAGAGAGAGAU